ACUGAGCGUCUGACCCACGAACGAGCCUGUGCUGCCGGGAGCGCGCGUAGCAAUGAUGCCUCGUCCCUCGCUCGUCUUUCCAUUGUCGGAAAACAGAAAAAGAAAUCCGUCUUUUACCCACACUCUCACACUCUUCUAGCGCUCGUGUUGUCGUGCGACCACCAGCUUUGUUAGUGUAAGACGCCAGAUUUUUUUUAAAUCAGCAAACACGUCGAUAAUCAGUUCUUUACCCCCCUCUAUAUAGUCAAAGAGGGCACUAAGACACAGGAGAGGUCCAGCUGUGUUGAUGUGUGUCGGGGGCUCAUCCUUCAUCCUUCAUCUCGCAGGUCGUUCCUUUAACUUGAUGCUGUCGACACCGCUGACGCUGUUCAGUUUGGGGAUGUAAACGCAAGGAAGCCACUCCAACGAACAAAUGUGACUCAACGAGUGCCUGAAUCCACUGGAACAAUGAGCCUCUAGGAGCAGAAACGCGCACCAAAAGCCUCAGGCUUGUGAGGGAACCGGCCUGGCUCUUCAUCCUCCCCUUCUAACACGGCGACCAUGUCCUUUCCCUCCGUUGCCCAUCUCAUGGAGAGUGUACUCCCACCCAGAUAAGAUGCCUGCCCUGUUUGACGCCCUGCAUCCCCUCCUGCCCAUCAUCACCUUCUCCUUCUCCUCGUUUGUACCUGCUCUCACCAACAGCUCCCUGCGGCCCCCGAGGCUCCGCCCUGCAGUGCUCCAACAUGGUGGAUGAGGUAACCACCAUGAAGGAUGACAUCAUCAACGCCAACACGCUGGCUUGGCUGGUCUGCUCAGGCGUGUCCAUCCUGGCUAACACAUGGAGCAUCCUUAGCGUCAGUGCCAAGCAGAAAAAGUGGAAACCACUGGAGUUCCUCAUCUGCACCCUGGCAGGCACACACAUCCUGAACAUGGCCAUCCCCAUCACCAUGUACUGUGUCAUUACGCUGCGACGCCAGCACUCCAACUAUGAAUGGAACGAGGGGCUCUGCAAGGUGUUUGUCUCCACCUUCUAUACUCUCACAUUGGUCACCUGCUUCUCAGUCACCUCGCUCUCUUAUCACCGCAUGUGGAUGGUGCGCUGGCCUGUCAACUACAGGUUGAGUAACACCAAGAAACAGGCAGUACACACAGUGAUGGGUAUCUGGAUGGUCUCCUUCAUCCUGUCCACACUUCCUGCAGUGGGUUGGCAUGACACCAUUGACCGCUUUUACACCUCUGACUGUCGAUUCAUUGUGACAGAGAUCGGUCUGGGCUUCGGAGUUUGCUUUCUGCUGCUUAUCGGGGGCAGUGUAGCCAUGGGUGUGAUCUGCAUCGGCAUUGCUCUCUUCCAGACCUUCUCCAUUCAGGCGGGACACAAAGCCGACAAGAACAAGUUCAAUGUCCCCACCAUAGUGGUGGAGGAUGCCCAGGGGAAGCGUAGAUCGUCCAUCGAUGGAUCGGAGCCUCUCAAGACGUCGCUGCAGAUCACGUACCUGAUCAGUGGAAUCGUUUUCAUCUAUGACUUCCUGACUGGCUUCCCCAUACUGGUGGUGAGCUUUGCCAGUCUAAAGUUUGACCGCUCCUACAACUGGAUGGUGUUGUGUGUGCUGUGGUGCUCCAUUGUGCAGUCCAUCCUGCUGCCCAUGUUCCUCUGGGCUUGUGACCGCUAUCGGGCUGACAUCCGCAUGGUGUGGGAGAAGUGUGUUGCGAUCAUGUCAAACGAUGACGUGGAUGAGGAAAACAGCCAAGAUGGAGGAAUACAUGCCGACUUAAUAAAUGACAGACCAUAUGACUAUAGCUCGUCGCCUGAAAUCGUGACGCUAGACCAUAAUGCCAAGUAUGAGUUCUCAACCUUAGAAAGGGGGGUUCCACAUGGGUAUCCAUUGAGGGAACAACAGGAAGAUAAAAUGCAGUAUUUGCAGGUGCCCCCUACAAGAAGAUACUCCCACGACGAAACCGACAUGUGGACCAGCGACCGGAUCCCCUCAUACCUGCACCGAUGGGGCUCCACCGAGGACAUAAUAGUGAGUGCCCACUACAGCUCCACCUUGCCACGCCACGAGAGGCGCAGGAGCAGCCUGGUCUCCUACCACGAGGAGAGCCACCAUCAUCAUCAUCACCACCAUCAUCAUCACCCGCACCGCAAGCGGCGACGCUCUGAGGAUAGUAUGCACUCCCUCAAGCACCUGCCACGCGUGGUUUGCGGUGGGGAGCGCUACGAGGACGAGCUGCGGUGUUUCAGCCGUGAUGAGGUGAUUAACUUUAUAGAUGAGACGCCGCUCCCGAGUCCCAGGAAAAGCCCGCGGCGCACAUCCACCAUCUCACUUAUCCCCAAUGUGUACGAACAGCACACAGUCAUCCUUCCUUACUUCCCACUCACAGACUUCGAGCGUGAGCCUCAAGCACUCAGGCGGCUCUCUGAACACAAAAGAAGCUGUAGUCGGGGCAACUCGCCUGAGGGUUCCCCGAAACCAGACAAACCUGCAGGAAAAAAGAGCUCUGGGAUGUGUGAUUCAGGGAAAGGCUGCCAGGAGCGCUCGAGAGACAGGAAACAGCAAUGUGAAGCAGGCUCACCGGGAUGCAGCCGUCAGACUGUGGGGCAUUCUGCUUAUAGGCCAAGGACAGGUGGGGGGGCAGGUGCUGGGACUGACUGGGGGCAAAAGAGGCACAAGGUGGAGGGUAAAGGAAGCACUAACAGUUUUGUAAGCACACCAUCAGCAUCCUCCUCGGGGUACAUUACUUUUCAUUCAGACUCUGUGGGCUCCACCACCUGAAAGCAAGUUUCUGUUAAUGUCAACAACAUAACUGAAGUCAUCAUUAUGGAAUCUUGCUGGAUUUUGGAAAAGUAACCGGAUUUAAUGGGCCUAAACAUGAAUUUGUAUGUAGGCUUUGUAAAGGUUAGAUGAAGACUUGACAUUGGGUUAUCAAUCCAGGAGACUUUUUGCAGCACCGGCACAAAUGAACAGUUUUUAAACGGCGUGAACAUUCCCACACCUAGUUUCUGCGGAUUGAUGUUGCUUUUAAUGAAAUGUUUAAAGGUUUGAGGGAGGUAGUUGUUCGGUUUGUGUUUUUUUUUAAUUGCACCUUAAGAGCUUUAAGUUAAAGCUGUGUUUAUUUGGCACCUGAUAACUGUGUUUUGUUUUAGGGGCACGUUUGCUUUAAACUAAACUUUCCAAAAUAUGAACCAUGUUUCUUGAGAUUGGAGGAUAUGACACGUUUUACAUAUUUUUUUGUUUUGAAUAUGAUGUAAACUUUUCUAUUAACAUCAAAAUUAAAGACACAUCCCAACAUUUAUUUAGAGCACCCUAUGUUGAAGUAAAAUGGAAGUGGUGUUCCAUUGCCUAAAGUCCUGUGUGAGAUCUGGAGGUAUAAUGUGAAGGCCCCUUAAUUCUUAAUGAAAAUGUGAAGUCAUUUUAUGAAGAUUGACCUGUCAUGUACAUAUAAAAGAUAUUGACUUUA